AUGCCUUUUGGCGAUCCACCCGACUACGUGCACUUGAGGACCAACGAAAGUCAAAUGCAGCUCAUUACAAUGGGAGAACAACCUGAAACGCCCAGUGGUUCACCUUGUUUCAACGCUCCUUCCACGCGGGAAGAACCAGCAACAGUGGUUGUCUUCAGAUUUCGCUUUCAAUUUUCAAUUAAACUGAGCACAAGUUCGCUGACUAUAAGUCACUAA